UCGCGAAGUGAACAAGGACUUUCGCAGCUCCCGUUCGCAGCAUCGUUGGCAUUUCGCUUGAUCAAAUUAAAACAAAAAACAAACAAAACCAAUGCCGUAUUAAGACACAUCAGACACUUCUUCUUCUACUUCCACCAACCAAACAAACAAACAAACAAAACCAUCUCUACCUAGCCACUGUUGUACAAGUAAUCUAUUUCGCUACGACCCACUAUUCUGAUCAAUUCCACAGUCAAACACGUCGAAGUACUACUGCGCGCUACUACCUCUACUACGUACGUCCUACCACACGAAGUCGACGGGGUGUUUCCAUCGACGCCGUCGGCACUAACUUCUACACCCCCUCCCGUUGGCUUCUACGGCGAUCCUCGAAGCACAAAAGAAAGAGAGAGAGAGAGAGUGAGAGCGCAAGAGUGCGAAAAAUAGUAACGUCGACGAUCCUCUGCAGCUGCAUCGGCGAAACAAGUCGGUGUCAAAUACUGCGUGCGAAAAAGAGAGAGAGAUAGAGCGAGAGAGAGAGAGAGAGCGUUUGUGCAACAACGACACUUCUUCGAGCGCAUCCGCAUCCUUCGAUUGCCAGCGCAUCCUUCGCGAUCCUGUGCGUGUAAGCGUAAAAGGGCAAACUAGCGAUCAUACGUGCGUGGGUGUGUGUGUGUGUUUGGGGUUGUGGGAGCAACACAAAGAGAGCGAGCGUGCGGGGGGCUUAUUUUUGGUUUAAACACAAAAAUUGUUUGAUCUGCUUUUGCACAGCGUACAGCGAAAAUGAGCGAUCAGAAAGGCACACGCGUGUACGUCGGCAACCUCACCGACAAGGUGAAGAAGGAGGAUCUCGAGGGCGAAUUCACCAAGUACGGUAAAUUGAACUCAGUCUGGGUAGCUUUCAAUCCCCCAGGUUUCGCGUUCAUUGAGUUCGAAAACAAGGAAGAAGCGGAAACGGCCUGCGACAAUCUGAACGGCCAGGACAUCCUCGGUUCGAAGCUGCGCGUCGAAAUCUCGAAGGGUCGGCGGAACCCGCGCGGGGCCACCCGCGGUUUCCGUGGUCCACCGGGGCGAAACGGUGGCAGCGGCGGUAGCAGCAUCGGCAGCAGCGGUGGCAGCUUCCGGAAUGGCGGAUCUCGUGGUGGUUUCCGCGAUGGCGGCUCGAGCUAUCGAAGCGGUAGCAGCGGCGGUGGCGGCGGAAGCGGUGGUGGCAGCUUCCGCGGUGGAAGUCGCAGUUCUGGGCGGUUCGACGGUGGCUACGGCAGCGGUGGAGGCGGUGGCGGUGGCGGUCGGUCUACCGGCGGAUACAGCCGGGAUGGCGGACGAGACGGUGGUUACGGUAGCAGCGGUGGAAGCUUCGGUGGUGGUGGCGGAGGCGGUGGCUACGGGGGAGGUCGCAGCAGUGGUGGUGGGGGCGGACGUUUCCGUUCUCGAUCGCCGGUUGGUGGGCGCGGGCGGUACUAAAGCGGGGUGCCCAAGCUGUGCCGCAUUCCUUCGCUCAAAUCAUCCUUUCGGUAACCGUGAAGGUCCUUUUUUUCGUGUGGAAUAAACUCUGGUCGAUGGGGCUUCACGUAGCAUUUAAGCGAGAUCCUGUAUAUUUCGCGAUCGGGGCCUACAAAGUAUCCUUUCCCAUCUGUUCCGGCGUGUUAGCAUUAUCCUUUUUUUUUCAUUUCCCGUGAGUCCGGUGAGGGUUCACCAUAGCGUAGGACAAAGAAUUAAACAAGAUGAAAAAAAAAUCCCCAUCGGUUGUACGAUCACACUUUUAGGCUUAGGAACUAUUUGCAUUCGUACAGCGAAUGCAACAUGACAUGUUUUCGAAUACGGCAUAGCGUUAGAGCUUUUGUUUGUUUUCAUUUAGUGCAUAAAAAGGAAAAGAAUCCUUAGAGCUCCAUUCUUGUCUAAACCGGUAUCCGUUGACGAACGUAGGGACUUCUGUCUACGGCUCUCCAAACAGGUGGAACUACAUUCAUUUGUAAAACAUUUGUCAUAAGAGCACUACGAAAUCCCAUUUUAAUGACACGAACAGGAACUGUACAAGAUGUUUGAGUUAUUAUUUAUUUAACGCUCAUUAACGUGUAUCCGUGGUUUGUCGUCCAUUUCAACUGUGUCAAUGCUAGCCAAAACAAAAAUCCCUUAAAUGGACAAUUUUGCAUGAUUUCGUUAGCAUUUUAACGUACCCGGCGCGCGUGUGUAUGUGGCAAAGCACCGAACAUUUUAAAUACGAAAGCCCAACAAAUUAGCAUCAAAAAUGUAACAAGAUCCUUCUGCUUUCGGAAAUCGUGGCGAAAACAAAAAAAAACUCCGCAGCUCCACCACGAACGACAGUUUAGAGUUUUUAACCAGCGUGCUGGAUGUAGACAAAUUUAAACAAAAAAAAAACACAAGUACAUACACACCUUUAAAAAAUGCAUCGAGUGGAACUAUAACAAAAUGGAAUUAGAGUGCGAUUUGUGUCUUCGACAGCAUUAGUAGUACUACAGUUUAAAUUAGAUAUUUAUUUUGUGGCGCGUUCGCCUUCAGCACCAAAUGGUGCCCGCGAAGUGCCACACGCCGGUUCUCGGAUCUCACAAGUACGAAGAAGCGCGCUGUCCGUUGAGCAUGAGGAGAAAACGGAGAUACACGCGGUGAAAAAGGAAAAACUCGAUCCUUUUCGACGCUUCCAUGCCAAAAAAGAACGUUGUCGGCGGUUUCUUUUCACACUAGUUACGGACGGAGAAUAGUUUCGUAUUUGUACGACAACCACAUUCUUCCAGAGUCAAAUGAAAUACAAAUAAACUACAACAAAAUAAAAGUCAUGCUGGUAACCACCCC